UUUCCACGCGCACCCUCGCCCACCGUUCCCAUUGCCCCUUUCCCCCUUCUUUCCCAGCAGCCUCGCCCCGCCGCCCGCUCCAAAGCCCCUCCACAACCGGCGAGCCCUAGAAGCGCACUAGUGGCCGCGGCGGCGAAGAGACAGAGAUAGAGAGAGGUAGAAGCAGGAGGGUGGAGACGAAGAGAGGGCGGCCAUGGGGCAGCAGUCGCUGAUCUACGCGUUCGUGGCGCGCGGCACGGUGGUGCUGGCGGAGUACACCGAGUUCACCGGCAACUUCACCACAAUCGCCGCCCAGUGCCUCCAGAAGCUCCCCGCCAGCAACAACAAGUUCACCUACAACUGCGACGGUCACACCUUCAACUACCUCGUCGAGGACGGCUUCACAUACUGUGUGGUUGCUGUUGAAUCGGUUGGGCGACAAACACCCAUUGCUUUCCUGGACAGAGUUAAGGAUGAUUUCACCAAAAGAUAUGGUGGUGGGAAGGCAGCUACUGCUGGAGCAAGCAGCCUCAACCGGGAGUUUGGAUCAAAACUCAAAGAGCACAUGCAGUACUGUGUUGACAACCCUGAGGAGAUCAACAAGCUUGCCAAGGUUAAAGCGCAAGUCUCUGAAGUCAAAGGAGUUAUGAUGGAAAACAUUGAGAAGGUUCUUGACCGUGGUGAGAAGAUUGAGCUGCUUGUUGACAAAACUGAAAACCUGCGUUCUCAGGCACAAGAUUUCAGACAGCAGGGCACAAAGGUGCGGAGAAAGAUGUGGCUACAGAACAUGAAGAUCAAGCUUAUUGUUCUUGGCAUAAUCAUUGCGCUCAUUCUCAUCAUCAUCCUGUCGGUGUGCCAUGGCUUCAAGUGCAACAAGUGAGGGCUUACUUCUUCAGAUCAAUCGCCUCAGUUGCUUUGUCCUAUAAUACUGCCUAUUUCUGGCAAAAAGAAGACUGGUUUUUGUUCUGUUAGUCAUGAGUCCUGUCCUGAUUCUUGGUGAUCCGGGUGUCCUAAUGUCGUGAUUGAUUGCCUGUUGAAUAGUGACUGGGUUUAUGGGUCGAAUGUCCUGUAUUUUUGGAUGUUAUUGAUGUAUAGCUUUAAUGCUACCCUCGUUCACCAUGCUAUAUGAGUAGAUGUUAUUCUGUUCGCCCCAGAAGCAUGUUGUUGAAUUAUGCGGAGAAAUAAUUUUCAUCUUCGAUCUAAUUGUUGGGGUA